CCGGGACGCGCCUCCGUCGGCGGCGGCGCGGGCCUGCGCCCGCAGCGUGCUGGUGUUCUGGGCGUGCGCCUGCGCCGCGGCGUUGCCCGCGGCAGCGCAGCUGCCGGGGCUCGCGAGGUCGCACGGCUACAAGCCGCCGCCCGGGAGAGCCCGUCUCUGCUGGCCGAGCAGGCGCUGAACAAGUGGUUUCCUGGCAGGCAGGGCGGGGGAGCGGCGCCCGCCAUCAUCUUGGUGCGCUCUGCCAGCGCAGAGGAGGGUGGCAGGCGGCCGAGCGUGAUCGACGGCCGCAGGGGCGAGGGGGUCGCCAAUUUCUCCGCACGGGUGAAGACUUACCUGGGCUCCAAGCGCUGGGCACCCUACCGGCUGGACGCGGCGGGCUGGUACCUGGGGCUGCCACAGGUUGGUCUGAAGGCGAGAGACGGUUACAUUAAGGAGUAUUUCGUGAGCGAGAGGAGAACAAUUCGGCUACGCUCAUUCUUAUCAUCCCCAGGGAUACCAGCGACAUCAACGUCUCCACGACAAUUUUGGACGAAUUUGUGUCUUCCCUUCGGGAGCUGUGUACUCGCACUGCACCGCUAG